AUGGUGUGCUUCGGGCUCGGCGCGGCCGUGCUGAGCGUGGGCGUCGAGGCGGCCAGGACGCCGUGGACGGAGGCGGAGCGUAGAGCCUACCUGGAGCCCCUCGAGAUCGUCCUUGACGCGGCCCUGGCGGCCGCGCCCCUGGUGCGGCCCUGGGCGCUGGACCGCGACGCGAAGGGCCGCGUGUACUUUGUCCACGUGCCCAGCGGGAGGAGUAGCCGGCGCCACCCGCUGGAGCAGCAGCGCCAGCGGUCCGCGCGGGAGGUGGGCGCGUCCUGGGAGGGCGAGGCGGCCAGCGGGCUGAAGAGGUGGUGCACGGCGGCGGACGGCGAGGGCCGCGAGUACUAUUACAACGUGGAGACGGAGACCACGUGGGAGAACCCGGCCACCGCGCUCCUGGCGUCGCUGUACGUCAAGACCAGGGCGCUCGAGGCGCUGUGCCGCCUCGGCGGGCACGGCGCGCCCGCGGGCGGCGAGGAUCCCGGGCAGGCCGGGGCGACGAGGGCCCAGGCGAGGAGCGCCACGGAGGUGGUCCAGCAGCUGGGGCAGCAGCACGACAUGCAGCAGCACAUCCAGGAGCAGCGGCGGCAGGAGCAGCAGGCGCGGCACAUGCAGGAGCAGCACGUGCAUCCGCAGAUGCAGCACGUGCAGGAGCAGCGGAUGCAGCAGCAGCCGCAGUGGCAUCAGCAACAGGCGCAGCCGCAGCCAUGGCAGGUGGUGCAGCUGCAGCAGCAGCCGCAGCCGCAGCAGCAGCAGCACGUGGAGUUGACGAUCCAACAGCCACAGCAACCGCAGUCGUACAAGCCCGCUUGGAUGGGGCAGCAGUCGGGCCCGUUGGUGCAUGUUUCGGUCCAGCAGCCGUUCUUGUCGCAGAUGCCCGCUGGGAUGGGGACGCAGACGGGCCCGUUGGUGCAUGUUACGGUCCAACAGCCGCUAUUCGACAAUCAGUUGGUGCAGCAGCUGCUGCAGAUGACGGGCCAGGUGAGCCAAAACGCUCCCUGGAUGUUGCAGAGUCAGAUGGCGCAGCUGGGCGCCCCGCCGCCAACCUCCGUGCCCCCGCCGUGGUGCACGAUCACGAACUGGGGCCGGCAGGACACGCUGGAUAUCGAGAGCCUGGUCGGAUCUGCGCCGUAG